GCAGUCGUUGUCGAUGAGCGAUUCUUUUUUUCCUCCGCCAACACAUUUUAUAACCUUCUCUCCGCACCACCAUUAUGUCAACCGACAUGCUGGCGCUCCAGAAGGUGCUGCUCAUGGGUCUGCGCAAGUCUGGCAAGAGCAGCAUCCAGAAGGUCGUGUUUGAAGGCAUGCAGCCGCACGACUCCGCCUCCCUCGCCACGACGGUGCAACCGGAGAAGAGCACCGUGCACUCGAACGACUUCGUCAACUUCGAGGUGUGGGACUUCCCCGGUCAAAACGACCCCUUUGACCCGAACAACGCCAACCGAUACGACGUGAACCAGCUGCUCGAAAACUGUGGGGCGAUUGUGUACGUGCUGGAUUGCCGUGAACUGAUCGACGACGCCCGCGCGCGGCUGCUCGACACGAUCAGCGCGGCCUACCGCUACAACCCGGAGCUGUGCGUGGAGGUGUUCGUUCACAAAGUGGACGCCCUCAGCGAGGACCACCAGGCGGAUCUACUGGCGAGUCUGCAGCGGCGCGUGGAGGAGGAGGCGAAGCAACGCCUGGAGAACUUGCAGCCGCUCCGCUUGAACUUCAACCUCACCUCCAUCUACGACCACUCUGUCUUCCAGGCCUUCUCCCUCGUGGUGCAAAAACUGAUCAAGUCGAAGACGCCGUACAUCACGGAGCUGCUGCAGAUGCUCAACUCGAACAGCAACAUCGAUCUGUCGUACCUGUUUCUCAGCUAUUCGAAGAUCUACGUGGCGGUGGAUGAACGAAAUCGACUGAAGUCGCGCACCUACGACCUGUGCAGCGAUGCGAUUGAGGUGGUGGUCAAGAUGAGCCGCAUCUACGCCCGACGCGGAGAGGGCAACAACGGCAACAAUACUAACAGCCAUAACAACAUUCCACUGCGGGACGGCCAGGGUGACGCUGCGCACGCCCUCGCAACGUCGUCCUCGGGCGCGAAUUCGAGUGGUGCUGAGGGGAACGGCGGUGCGGCCGAUGAUGCCCCGCUGUAUCGUGGUGCAAAUGCCGUGAUUCAUCUGAGCAAUGAGGACUGCAUCUACCUGCGCGAGCUGCCAAGCUCGCUGACCUUGGUGCUGAUGAUGAAGCAAACCGACCUGGAGAAUCGCGUUCUGAUUGACCGCAACGUUGACAUAUUCUACAAAGCAGCCUAUGACAUCUUUACGACUAGCGUGACGUAG